AUGGAUACCUUUGUAGAUUCAGCAUGGUAUUUUUUGAGAUAUUUAGACCCAAAUAAUGAAGCCAGGCCAUUUGCAAAGGCAUCUGUUAAUUACGCAAUGCCCGUUGACCUGUACAUUGGUGGAGUCGAACACGCUAUCCUGCAUCUCCUAUAUGCAAGGUUUGUAACGCAUUUCUUAAAUGAUUUUGGAUACAUAUCCAACAAAGAACCUUUCGCAUGCUUAUUAACACAGCUACUUAGUGAUAUUCGAAUCUUUCAGGGAAUGGUUCAUGGUCGAACCUAUAAGACGAAUUCGUCCGGAAAAUAUCUUAAAAAAAAUGAAGUCGAAUUUAGUGCAAAUCAAGCUAUAGAAAAGACUACUGGUGAAAAAGUCGCUGUGUUUUGGGAAAAAAUGUCUAAAUCAAAAUAUAAUGGUGUCGAUCCUCAGGAUGUAGUGAAGACAUAUGGAGCAGAUGCUGUACGACUGUCUCUAUUAUUUAAGGCACCUCCUGAUAAUAUCAUUUAUUGGGAUGAAGAAACAAUUAUCGGAAUUACAUCCUGGCUGAACAGACUAAGGAAGAUGGUAGCUGAUGUUGACUCAACAAAACCUAACAAUACGCGAGCAAAAGUCCCUGAAAUAAACUACAAUAAGUUAGAUAAAAAACUCCUUCGCGCAACACAUCAGGCAAUAAAACAGGUUACAUACUCUCUAGAAAAGGCUUUUACAUUUAAUGUUGCAAUAGCCGCUUGCAUGAAAUUGUCCAACAUCUUGCAGGACAUCCCUGGCGAAGUUGCUCAAAAGUCCACACAAUACGUCGAAUCUUUGCGAAUCUUAUGUAUAUUGAUAUCCCCCCUAGCUCCGCACUUUGCAUCAGAAUUAUGGAGUGAUUUAUGCCUUAAACGUGAAAUUGGUAGUUCUCAUAUUCUUUACCAGUCAUGGCCUACGUAUGACGAUUCCAUCCUCGCAGACGAGAAUAUCAAUUUGCAGAUCAUCAUUAAUGGCAAUCGAAAAGGAACUAUUGCAAUUCCAGCUACAGCUACUGAGAAUGAAGAAGCGCUGCUACAAUACGUAAAAGAAAGCAGAAUUGGUCAGGAACUGCUUCGUGAUAAAGUUAUUAAAAAAAUUUAUAUUGUCAAACAUCGCAAACUUAUAAGUUUCGUAACAGAUGUAUGA